AUGCAAAUUUCGACCUGGGUUUUGCAGUCAAUAGCCGGUCUCUCGUUAAUCCUCGCCGAUAUGUAUCUUGUCUUAAAAUUACGACAAAUUCGAUUCUCCUCGAGAAAAGUCGAGCGAUUAGCUGUUCCCAUUUCUAUCGCUACAAUCACCAAUGUCACAAAUUUAGAGAGUACAAUGAAAGAAAAUCCACCUGCUCAAGCUCAAGCUGGCAUUAUUGUACUUUCGAAUUUCGGGAAUCGAAGGGGAACGAUUUUCGCAUCACCAGAAACUCGUCUCUCAUUCGCUUUUAUCUAUUUCAGUCUUGGCUUUGGUCUUGCAAAUGUUUCUUUUUAUGUAUUAAAUGGGAAAACCGGUUUCUUGUUCUCGCUUUGUGGAUGGAUUUCCACGCUAAUCGAGUACACAAAAUAUAUCGGAUAUUUGAGCUCGAUUAGAAGAAAA